UCCUCGCCAUGAAAUUGUCGGUGAAGGAACACAAGCGUUGUAGAGAUGUGUUUAAUCUACUAGAGACAGGACACGGUCUCUCUUCUUCCUUGUAGCAAUGGUCUAAACGUUACGUUUUAUUACAGUUUCGUCUCGGUGCACUUUAAAGCUUCUCAAGCUGCCGAGCUCGUCGGUGGCUAACAAGAACGACGCGGAAGUUAGCAACAUAUGCUAAGCGUGUGUACAAACGUUGAGUGUUUAAUAAGAAACAAAAGUAGUGUUCGAAAGAGUACGAGAAGGAAUUUACGAGCGGCAACGCCAACUACUGGACGCUGUUUUCAAGUCUCAAAUGGAGUCACAGAAAGCAGACGUCGAUGAAGAAGAUCUUCCCCCUGAGCAGCAGCAGCAGUGGAGCGCCGAGAAAGAGCAAGAGGGGCCACGGUCCCUCCACAUUAAAAAGGAAAACAAGAAGCAAGUGUGGACUCAGGCGGAUGCUGACAUCAGCAGUCUUCCAGUGAUUCGUGUGAUUGUGAAGAGUGAAGAUGACGAAGAUGAAGCUCGGUCGUCGGGGCCGGAUCGCAGUCAAAGUGAGCAGACGAGAAGAGCAGAAGCAGACAGCCUCUUGGCUCCGCUAUCAGAUAGUGACGACACAACGUCACAUUCCCCUGACACUGGUGAUGAAGACUCGAGAUACAAUAAGAAGUGCCACACUGCCAAAAAACACUUUAAAUGCUCUCAAUGUGACAAAACUUUUGGCUACAAAAGAAAUGUGAAAGUACACAUGAGAUGUCACACAGGAGAAAAACCCUUCAGUUGCACAUUUUGCGGCAAAAGAUUUCUACGCAAGGCACACUUGGUGGCGCACACAAGGACGCACACUGGCGAGAAACCAUUUUCCUGCUCGGUCUGCAACACAAACUUUAAUGCCAGUUCGACACUGAGUCAGCACAUGAGAACACACACUGGGGAAAAACCUUACACCUGUUCAUUUUGUGGCAAAACAUUCUCUCAAAGGGGGCAAUUGAUGACACACACAAGAAAACACACUGGGGAAAAACCAUUUUCAUGUUCGGUCUGCAAAACAGGGUUUAGCGUCCGUUCGGCUUUAGUCCAACACAUGAGAACACACACCGGCGAGAGACCGUUUUCUUGCUCUGUUUGUAGAAAGACCUUCUCCAGGAAGAUAACUUUGAAAGAACAUGUGAGAACACACACUGGAGAAAAACCCUUCGCAUGUUCAGUCUGCAAUGUGAAUUUUAGUUUUCAGACAACGUUAAUUCGACACAUGAGAACGCACACUGGUGAGAAACCAUUUCCCUGCUCAGUCUGUGUUAAAAAAUUCUACGUUAAAAGAAGUUUAAGAGCCCACAUGAGAACACAUACUGGUGAAAAACCCUUUUUUUGUUCAGUCUGCAGCACACGUUUUAGUUUUCAGACAGCACUGGUCAGGCACAUGCAAACACACACUGGGGAAAAACCUUUCAUUUGUUCAGUCUGCGGUCAAGCGUUUUCUCAAAAGGGUACUUUGAUCAAACACACGAGAACACACACCGGCGAGAAACCAUGUACUUGCUCAUAUUGCGGUCAAGCAUUUUCCGACAAAAGCAGUCUGAUGACCCACACGAGAACACACACUCUCGAGAAACCCUUUCCGUGUUCAGUUUGCGGCGAUCGAUUCUCUCAAAAAGGAAAUUUAAUCGCACACGUGAGAACACACACCGGGGAGAAGCCUUUCUGCUGCUUAGUUUGCGCUAAAAGAUUCACCCGAAAAAACAGUUUGACCAUACACACAAGAAAACACACGGGUGAGAAACCAUUCAGUUGCGAUGCCUGCGCCAACACGUUUGUAUACAAGUUCCAGCUGAACAAACACAAGUGUGCUGCUGAAGAGAAGCCACAGUAAAUUGAUGAUGAUAUAUUUUCAUACAUUUGCUGUCAUGUUUAAUGUGUGUAUCUAACAAUGUGAACAUGUCUUCUCAACAAAGGUGUUAACGGGAGUAAAAUGCAAGUCCAUGUCAGUAUUAAUUUGUCACAUAGUGGUCAGAACAUUGUCUUUUGGGGAAUUUUACCUAUCGUUCACAAUCUUAAUGAGAGACAAGAACACAAAAGGUUUUGGGGUUUUUUACGUUCUAACAUGUAAAAACCGGCUUGUUCUUGGUGGCUAGCAAUGCAGCUAAUGGGAGCGAUCAAUUUUACCACUAAAUCUCUUUAAAAAUGCUUUCAAACAACCCUCAACAAUACUUCAAUUACGUACCGUAACCCGUAUAAUAAACAAGCUGUAGCGACAUUGUUAUUGCAAGAGCGAACACUGAGUAACUCUCUUUCCAGUGUAGUAACAUAUCGGCAUGCUUCGGUAUUAGCCGUAAAAAGCUAGCUAGGAGAGAGAAAAGCUAGCUUCUACGACGAAACGAAACGCAUUUGAGUUUGUAAUACACAACACACUGCGAUAAGACAUCAAUCUGUACGGACUGAAAAACAUGAACAAUCAUAUUACAGUAUCUGUAAAGUAUUAGCCCACAUUUCUUGUUUUGCUUGUACACAGCCAGCCAGACAACGCGAAUACUGUAGUUGUAAUAAAACGCAUGGUGGCUGUGUGUAUCAUGAUUAAAGUAUGAUUGUGCGUUUGGUCCAGCGAACCGAGGACAUUUUUUUCCGGUUUGUUUGGGUAAUAAUAAUAGAUUUAGAUUUUAUUUGUAAAAAGCACUUUAUAUUGAGUAAACAACCUCAAAGUGCUACAGUGUAUUUAAAAAAAUUAAAAUAAAAAGAUUUAAAAAAAAUAAAAACUAGAACAGCCAAAUAGCUAUAACUAGUGUGCAAAUAUCUAAAAAAAAAAACGCUUUUUUUAAAAAGAAGUGUUUUUAAGCCUUUUUUAAAAGCAUCCACCGUCUGUGGUGCCCUCAGGUGGUCAGGGAGAGCUUUCCACAGACUGUGAGCGGCGGAGCAGAAAGCCCGGUCUCCCAUUGUUCGUAGCUUUGUCCUCGGAGGUUGGAGGAGGUUAGCCUGUCCGGAGCGGAGGUGUCGAGUGGAGGAUUUGGGGGUGAGUAGUUCUUUGAGGUAGAGGGGGGCAUUUCCAUGGAGGCACUGGUGGGUUAGUAGGGAGACUUUGAAUUCAAUCCUGAGUGGAACAGGAAGCCAGUGAAGGGAUUUGAGAAUUGGGUAAGCACUCCAUUUAUGUCGAAAUAGCAAGACUUCAAGUUCCAUAUUUUGCAGCUUAGAGUCACUCUCACCUCACUCACUCGGCUUUGGUCUGCUCCAACGUCUCACCCUUCCCUCGUGGUGGCUUCUAGAAGCAGUAGUUCAUCCUCCGUAUAUUCAGCUUCGAAAAGAAAAGGUUGUGAAUCCUCAUUCGUCCAAAAAUUGUCGUCUUUGUUCUUUGCUACUGUGUCUGCCAUGAUUAGAACACUUACACUUUUGUUUCCGGAAGUAGGGAAACACGUUAAUUGCUGGAAGUCGGACGCAUAGGCGCCGAUCCCGUAUGUGGUUCGGGGCCUGAGCACCCGCGUGGGAUUGAUGGCAACUUUCAAUCUUUAAAAUACUUUUUCAAAAAUCUUUCUUGUUGUAGUUAAUUUUGUGGCGAGUUUGGUCCGUUUUACAAAAACAUAAAACCACAAAUCAUAUGGGAUAUUAACUUCGCUGAAAGUCUAUUUUUUUUUACAAAAAUACACAACACACCGAGCACCCGCUGGCAGAAAUGUAGAUUUGAUUUGAUUUUUGAUUUUUAUUAAGGAUCCCUAUUAGCUGGUUGCCUCAACAACCCGCUAGUCUUCCUGGGGUCCACAAUUCAAUACAAUUACAAGAUUGGCGCCUACGGUCGGACGUGCGUUGAUAUGAAAUAAAUGCGCCGGGGAAAAGACAUCCCAGAAUUGCUUGAAAUGACCAAAAUACAGUAAAUAUUGUACAUAU